GUGAGUGAGUAAAUUUUUACCCAUCAGUUAAAUAUACAUACAUAUAUAUUCUAUAAAUGACUCCAUCUCAGAACUCUGUGAAACUUAUUGCUGGUAAUUCACACCCAGAGCUUGCCCGGUUGAUUUCGGCCAAACUCGGAGUGAAAUUGGCAAAAGUUGGAGCCUUCCAAUAUACCAAUCAAGAGACUGCAGUUGCAGUUGGAGAAUCAGUACGUGAUGAAGAUGUGUACAUUAUUCAAACUGGAUGUGGUGAGCAAACCAUUAAUCAAUUCUUGAUGGAACUUUUAAUCAUCAUUAAUGCUUGUAAAAUCGCUAGUGCAAGAAGAAUAACUGCUGUGAUUCCAAACUUCCCAUAUGCAAGACAAGACAAGAAGGAUAAAUCUAGAGCUCCUAUAACUGCCAAAUUGAUUGCUAAUCUUUUACAAACUGCUGGUUGUAACCAUGUGAUAACCAUGGAUUUACAUGCUUCUCAAAUCCAAGGGUUUUUCAGAGUUCCUGUGGAUAAUUUAUAUGCUGAACCUUCAGUUUUACGUUAUAUUAAGGAUAAUUUUAACCAAGAAGAUCUUAUUAUUGUUUCUCCUGAUGCAGGUGGAGCCAAGAGAGUUGCUUCUAUUGCUGAUAAACUCGAUGUUAACUUUGCCUUGAUCCAUAAGGAAAGACAAAAGGCCAAUGAAGUAUCAAAGAUGGUGCUUGUUGGAGAUGUUUCUAACAAGGUUUGUUUAUUGGUAGACGAUAUGGCAGACACUUGUGGAACAUUAUGUAAGGCAGCAGAAGUAUUAUUAGAAAAUGGGGCACAAAAAGUUAUUGCCAUGAUCACACAUGGAAUUUUUUCUUCAAAUGCUAUUGAAAAACUUAAUAACUCUAAACUUGAUAAAAUCAUUUGUACAAAUUCAAUGCCUCUUAAAGAUAGUCUUGAAAAAUGUUCAAUUUUGGAAACAAUUGAUAUCAGUCCUACGCUAGCAGAAGCUAUUAGACGUUUACAUAAUGGUGAGAGUGUGAGUUAUUUAUUUAACAAUGCCCCAGAGUAAAAGAAGACAAAACAAUCAUAUAAUAAAUAGAAG